AUGGAAAGAAGCAAUAUUAUCACUGUAUUUAUUUUCUUGGGACUUUCCACAAAUAAGAACAUUGAAAUCCUAUGCUUUCCUGAUUUAUUGGCAGACAGGAAAACCAUUUCCUUCAAUAACUGUAUGAUACAGCUCUUUACCACCCAUCUCUUUGGAGGAAUUGAGAUCUUCAUUCUCACAGGGAUGGCCUAUGACCACUAUAUGGCCAUCUGUAAGCCGCUACACUACGCAACCAUCAUGAGCAAGCGAAGGUGUAAAAUCGUCAUAGCUUGUUGUACCGGAGGGUUUAUACACUCUGCCAGUCAGUUUCUUCUCACCAUCUUCGUACCGUUCUGUGGCCCCAGUGAGAUAGAUCAUUACUUCUGUGAUGUGCAUCCUUUGCUAAAAUUAGCCUGUUCUAAUACACAUAGAAUAGGUCUCCUAGUCAUUGCUAAUCCAGGCCUAGUUGCUCUGGUGACCUUUGUUGUCCUGAUGCCGUCUUACUUUUGUAUAUUGUACACCAUCAGAACGUACUCUGCAGAGAGCCGCAGCAAAGCUCUUCCCACAUGCAGUUCUCACAUGGCAGUUGUGGUCCUGUUUUUUGCACCUGCAUUAUUCAUUUACUUUAGACCAAUCACAACAUUCCCAGAAGAUAAAGUAUUUGCUCUGUUUUUCACCAUCAUUACCCCCAUGCUCAACCCUCUUAUUUACACACUGAGAAACAUGGAGAUGAAGAAUGCCAUGAGAAACAUGUGGUGUCAUCAAAUAUCCCUGAAACAAAAGUUAAAUUUGAAUUAUUUCUGUUUUAGUGUCAUCAUUCCAUUAACUAUACCUAACCUGCAGUUUCCAUACAUCGCUGAUUGA